AUGUGGGAACAUGCUGCUAACCGCAAAGUAACAGACGGCCGAAGGGCCGCGGUGGCCGCGGGGCUGAGGGCGAACAACGGCGAGCGGAGCCCAGGCCUGGUGCUGCCAGAGCGACCAGGGGCGGUGAUGGAGGGCGGCGGGGCCCCGGAAGCGCGCACACAGCCUCCACCCGCCGGCCCUCAAAGCCCAGACCGCAAGGGGAGCAGCCCCUGUGCGGGGAGCGUAGGCUCCGGGACGGCCGCGCUGCGGGCCCUGUCCUGGCUCCCGGCCCUCCUGCGCUUCCUGCUGCUGCUGGCCGGCGCGGGACAGCGACCAGGAGCCACCGACUUCUGCAGCUGGAGGGGCAGCGGUUUGAGCUGGGAGCCACGUUCCUGUGCAGUGGAGCAGGUCCACCUGUGCUGCGCCAAGGGCUCCCUGGAAUCAAUGUACCCAGCAUGAGCCCUGAGAGUGGUUCUGGAGCCCAGCCUCUCCAGUGCCUGGCACACCACAGUCUGCAUCAAACCUGCCAGCGACUUCCAGGGUGCCAGCAUCUAUGUGAAAUAUGCUGGGCAGCUGCAUCUGGUGGUAAGCAAGGCAGAAGGGGCCCAACCCCACCAUGUGUCUUGCUUCAGCGCCCACACACCACGAGUGGGCCUCUUCCUGCAGGCCAUCCCACAGAGGGACAUCGGCUGCCACACCGCCAGCUUACAGUAUGAGCUGCUGAGCAGCCAGAGUGCUGCUGACCUUGACUUCAAAAAGAUGGUGCUGGUGGAAGUUAUGUGCCGCCCUUGUGACAACGUGGAGCUUCUGAUGGCCAUUUGCAGCAGUGAUUAUGUGAAGGCUGUGAAUAAAGCCAUUAUUGGCCGUGUAACAGCAUCUGACAGCAGCCUGGGAGACACAGGGCUGACAGAUGUGAGCCUGGAAGAAAUCUGA